AUGCCUAAUCACUUACAAGAGUUUACUUCGAAGUAUAUUAUUAUUUGGUUGGAUCGAGAUUUAGAUAUUUCGAAUGAAGAUAAUCAAGAGUUACUUUUUCGAUUGCACUCUACUGUUAGUACAAUCAAAACUUUUACCAAUAUGGAUCAAUGUAUUACAUAUCUUGAACAAAUUCAAAAUGAAAAAGUUUUUUUAAUUAUUUCCGAUUAUUUUAUUAAACAGAUCGCUUCAUUAGAAGAACAAUUCAAUCAAAUUAAUUCAGUUUAUAUUUUUUCUAAUCGAAAAUCAAAAUCUAGUGAUAUGACCAUACCGUAUGAAAAAGGUAAAGGUAUUUUUACUCAUAUGAAGCAACUCAGUAAUGAACUUAUACAAGAAAUUCGUCAAUUAAAUAAAGAUUUAACAUCGAUUAGUAUUAUUCCAGUACAAUCUAUUGAUCAGAAUUUUAAUGGAAUCGAUCCAUUAUUUAUGUAUUUACAAUUAUUGAAAGAGAAUCUGUUUACACUUAAUGAUGAUCGUAAGACAGAGAUCAAACAAUUUAUCGAUUACUGCCGUUUACAUUGUGCGACCAGUACAGAAGAAACAGAAAAUAUUAAUGACUUUGAAACAGGCUAUGAUAAAGAGAAAACACCAAUUGAAUGGUAUACUAUGGAAGGUUUUUUAUACCGCAUGCUCAAUGAAGCUUUGAGAGAAGUUAACAUUGAAGUUCUUAUGAAAAUGGCAUUUUUUAUUCGUGACCUUCAUAAACAAAUCAAACAACGCCAUUUAGAACCAAGUAUUGCUAAAAUUCCAUCUACUAUUUAUCGAGGUCAAGGAAUGUUUAACAGAGAUUUUGAAAAGCUAAAGAAAUCACAAGAUGGCUUCUUGUCUUUCAAUAAUUUUCUUUCAACAACAUGCAAAGAACACGUGGCUAGAGGCUUUGCCGAACGUAGCCGUGAUAAGCUUGAGAAAACACCAAUUUUAUUUGAAAUAUCAAUUGAUCCAUCAAUUGUAACUGUUCCUUUCAGUCUCAUUAUGGAUUUAAGUAAAUUUCCAGACGAAGAAGAAAUUCUCUUCUCAACAUCUACUGUUUUUCGAAUCGAUAAGAUACAAAAAGUGGAAGACCGUCUAUGGAAAGUCAAUUUAACUUAUACAAACGAAACAGAUCCACUAUUGAAACGUCUUGCUGAUCAUAUACGAAUUUCAAUGGGUGGGGGAAAUGUUUGGCGCAAAUUAGGUCAGUUAAUGAUCAAAAUGGGUCAAUUUGAUAGUGCUCUGAAAACUUUUGAAACAUUACUCGAAAAAAAUGAUUCUAAUGAUAAAACAGAAAAUGCUUUUCUCCACAAUCAAUUGGGAUACAUUUUGAAACAACAAAACAAAUUAAAAGAAGCAUUUUUUCAUUACCAAGAAUCUAUAAAGAUUAAUCGGGCUCAUAUGUCAGAGACUGAUCCUCGACUUUCUAGUACAUACUCAAAUAUUGGUGGAAUUUUGAAAAAAUUAGGUGAUACAAAUGGUGCAUUAAAAUUUUAUGAACUUGUUCUCAAGAUUGAUCUUGCUGCUGCACAACCGAAUCAAUUAGAAAUUGCUAUUGAUCAUAAUAAUAUUGGUGCAGUAUUUGAUGAUCAAGGUAAAUAUUCUGAAGCACUCAACAAAUAUGAACAAGCAUUAGAUAUUAAACUUGCUUAUCUUCCACCGCAUCAUCCAUCGUUAGCAAGUACUUAUAGUAACAUUGGUUCAAUACAUCAAAAGAUGGGUGAUAUUUCAAUGGCAUUAUCAUUCUAUGAAAAAACACUUGAAAUUCAACAAAAAUCUUUACCACCUAAUCAUCCAUCUUUAGUUGUUACAUAUGGAAAAUUAGCUACAGUAUUAGUAGAACUCCAACGAUAUGAAGAAGCCACUGAUUAUGCUGAACAAUCUGCUAUUAUUGCUAAAAAUGCAUUUGGAUCUUCACAUCCUGAAACAACCAAACGUGAAAGAUAUUUUGAUGAACUUCGAAAAAAACAUCAUGUUUCUUAG